GUUCAUUGACAUAUUGUUCCCAAAGACCAUCAUGUCUGUGUUCAGAUUUUUCCUCACUCCUUGCGAGGACCUCCAGGAUGGAGGGGUGCCAUAUCCUCGCUGACGGCCUGGCGUUGUUCCUGCUAACCAUGGCUCUACUAUUCCCAAAGGGGCACCCCGGCAAAGCAUUUUUGGAGAAUACCAAUAAAGAGUCGAAACCCACGGCAGCAGGCGACUCCGAGAACGUCUGGAGCCAUGUGGAGAUCGCCUUCGCUCUGAUUGGGGUUGGAACCAUCAUGUUGGUCGGGUUGCUCUGGUGUUUCUGCAACAGGUCAAGACGAUGCAACAGGAAUCGGAGAUCACGCAGCAGGGAGAGGUCGGUCUCAGUCAUUCACAUCACUAACAACACCACAAGUAACUGUGUCCUUUUGGAGCGGCCCCCGUCCUACUGUGACGCAAUGUCGACCCCUGAGUGUCCUCCCCCGCCGUAUCCGGGGUUCGGCUUGGAGAAUACUGAUAUUGGUCGCUACCACUGCCAGAGGACACCACCGCCGGCAUAUCAUAACAUGGCGUUUGAUUCUGGAAGUGCAGACGUCUUGUCCUCGUCCAUAUCGGCAGGGACAGGCAUGAGAAGAAGCGGUAGUUUUCGUUACAGAGACACUGCGUUCCAUGGGGACAGUGAGUUCCGAGUUGAAACUCUGAUUCGAACUGAUACGGGAAGUCAGGUCGAUCAACAAGAAGGGAGAGAAAACCAGGGAUUCUUAGACAGUGAUAACAAUAAUAAUAGACAGUCGGAGACAUCGACGAGAACAAUAACUGUAUCUAAUUCGUCCGACCAAUUGGUCGUUCCUCUCCAAGAGGCAUCAGACACUCGACAAGACUUGCGUGCAAUAACCCCUUUGGACCAGGACAGUGACACAUCCAUAGGAGAGAGACGGGAUGAAAAUAGCUCUGAAUGCAACUCCUUAGAGGAAGGGCAAGACAAAAAUGACUCGAACAGCAGCUCUUUCAGGGAGAGGCGAAAUGAAAAUGGCUCGGACGGCGAACACGAGCCGAUGGUGGCACUGCGGGAUAUUUCCCUUGAAGAUGACUCACAUAAUAGAGAAAGUGCUACCUCUGAAACUGGGUUGCUAAGAGAAUAAGUGCGCAUGCUAGCGUUAUCCUGGAUGAGGUCAGCUGCUUCAGGUACUUUGAAUAUUGAAUUAGUCUGAAACGCCUCGAACUUCAAACCAAAAGAUUUGUUUAAAACAUAAAGUUCUCUUUCACAGUACAUACGUGCAACCACAUUGCACAUACAUCGCUGAUCUUGUUUACGGACUAACAACACGUGCGUUUCUUACUUGAUGACGUCAGGCGAAGUUACUGAGCUCUGAUUUGCUGUCAAUGUACACAAUGGUACGAACCGACCUGUAAAAAAAACUCGCAUCCGGGACAGCGUCCUCCUUCUCCAUACAUGUUCCCUUCUGCUUACUCAGAGGCAAAGCCUUGAACGGUCCACAGAGCACGCACUUUGAUGCCAGUGUAUCGCCUUCUUGGUUCUUCCCGAUAUUCCAGUGUAACCAUACACAGCUUUGGAGAGCAUAAGACUUUAGGGGGUAGCAGAGAAAAACGUAUCAAUCUGUCUUUCAGCGUUCCCAAACAUUGACUUAUACAUACAUUGUACAUGCAUAGAAGUCUCCGUCCCAAACAAUCAUCAUCAAAAUAUUAAGGAAGUGAAGAAAUCAAAUCACUUAUA